AUGGCACCCACGAGCAGUGUAAUUAUCGAUACUGAUCCUAGUAAUAAUCAUGGCUAUCCCCCAUCGGAGACCAGAUUUUUCGCAAGUGCCAAAGACAAUAAUCCCGUUCUUAUUAAUAAUGCUCAACAGGGAGUCGAUGACAUCCUUGCCUUGCUGCUGGCACUGUCAUCUCGAUCAGAUGAGAUCGAGGUCCAGCUGAUAUCUCUGACCUUCGGGAACAUCGAUGUUCGUAGCUGUCUUCGAAAUGUGGCCUCCAUGUUUCAUACCAUCGAGAGGGAGAUGAAAUGGCGUCGUGAGAAUGGGAAACCGGAAGGUUUCGAUGCCCUGAAAGCGUAUAAGCCCACAGUAGCUGUUGGGGCUGACUGUCCGCUUGACGAUGAGUUGAUGAUGGCUGAUUAUUUUCAUGGACGUGAUGGACUGGGUAAUAUUCAUUUCAGCCACCCGCAUUUGACUCCGCAGCAGACAUGGGAAUCACUAUUCUUCUCCUCCACAGAGAAUAAUACGGUUGCAUCUCCUGCAGAAUCUGCACUGGAUCCUUCCCAACACUCUUUAUUCAUCGCUUCAACAAAACCUGCCCACCAGGAAAUCCUGAGGGUCCUUAAAGAGAACGAUCCGGACACGAUCACGAUUGUAGCCGUUGGCCCUCUUACCAACCUUGCCCUGGCCGCAGCAGAGGACCCAGAGACAUUCCUACGAACAAAGGAAGUAGUGGUUAUGGGAGGAACAAUUGACAUGCCCGGAAACGUAACCCCCGUCGCCGAAUUCAACACAUUUGCCGACGCCGCUGCCGCGGCGCGCGUAUUCGCCCUGACGUCCACAUCACCCCAAUCAACCAUGCCACCCAAAAGGCCUACAUCCUCACCACACCUUCCCGACUACCCUGCCCAACUAAGCAAACAACUAACCCUCAAGCUCUUUCCGCUUGAUAUUACCCUCCCCCACGACGUUACCCGCGGCCAAUUCCGCGCCAAAAUCUCACCCAUCAUGGCUGCCGGCUCCCCGCUAGCCGAAUGGCUCUCCAUCAUCCUCGCUCACAGCUUUGCCACUCUCGACGCCAUGUACCCUGGCCACGAUGAGGAUAAUGCUGCCCUGAGUCUACAUGAUCCGCUGUGCAUUUGGUAUGCGCUUACGAGAGAAGCGAUUUCGAUAUCUACGUCUCUUUCCUCGACGGGGCAGCAACAGCAGCGUCGGGAGCCGUGCUGGCAACUAACGGCUAGUUCACCUGAGGAUAUACGUGUUGAGACGAUGGGCCAGUGGACGCGAGGGAUGUGCGUGGUUGAUCGACGAAAUCGAAAGAGAUUUGAUGAUGCUGAUCUUACUACGAUAAGUGAUCAUGGACAUUGGUUGAGGAAUAGUGUUGGGAAUCGAGUGCAGAGGAUGGCAGCGUCGCCGGGCACGAAGGUCUUUUGGGAGUUUUUGUUGGAUAGGAUUUUUAGGUAA